AUGGAUACGCAAGACGGUUUUGAACUUGACAAACGCACAAAAGUGUCCCGAGCUUGUGAUUAUUGCAAAAAGAGGAAAUUCAAAUGCAGUGGUAAAGCACCAUGUGACUUGUGUUCGAAAAAGAAUAUUGAUUGCACAUUUAGUAUUGUUGAUCGAAGGACAAUACGGAGAAAGAACAAAAAGAGAAAGGUUAAAACUGAAGAGGAUCUUGAAGUGGAUUCAUCAGCACCAGUAAUGACGAAAUCGUUGUCAUCGCACUCCAAAGAGUUUAUCCAUAAAGUUGUCAAGAAUGAUCAAGUCGAUAAAAAGUCCCUCAGUAUGUUGAAACAACGCUCCAAACUACCCAUCCAUUUCCAACCAUUAACAAUGUUCCCACUGGGUGGGAAGUCAGAUGAGAGUGACGAGUCUCAAGAGUUGAGGAAACCGGAGAUGGAUGAUGGGGAAGUAGAAGAGGAAGAAGAAGAAGAAGAAGAAGAAGAAGAAGAAGAGGAAGAAGAACAGGAGGAGAUGGAGGAGCUAGCUGAAGACGAGUCAGGUCAAACUAGUAUUGGUGAAGAAAAUAAAGUUGAUCAUCCCACUGAAAGUAAGGAAACGAAUGGAAAUGGCCACAAAGAAAAGGCGUCACAUAGCUCACCAACCUCACAUUCAAAGUCCCUGAAUACACAUUCAAGGCCUAGCUGGGCAGAAGAUGCUGAACUGCAACGUGUCCUCUUUGAUGCAGAGGGAAAUUUGAAAUAUGUGGGUGAGUCAGCCCCAUUAUCGUUUUUGUUUGAGUGCAGAAACAUCUUUUCCAGGAUUACAGGCAAUUCAGAGUUUACCGAAGAGCGCCAUUCUUUGGAGAUUUUCGAUGAUGCCGAAGAAGUUCAAGAUGUUGUACAAAUGGCAUUACCUAGUCGUGAGUGCUUGAGAAGGAUUUUGAAAUUGUUUUACGUCAACAUCAAUGAAGCAUGCUACAUCUUUGAUAUCAAACACUUUGAAAAAAAUGUAAUUGCUCCCAUUUACAACAAUUAUGGCGAAUGCUCAGUUGACCAAAUUGCCUUGAUUAAUCUCAUUAUUGGAGUGGGGCUCUUGUACGCUGAAAUUAUUGGUGAUCCAAUCUGUCACGAUAUGGAGUCACCACAAAUGAAGUCGUUAGCGUAUUUUGAAUUUGGAAUCCAUUUGGCGAAAAAGUAUAUGAAUGUGGGCAAAUUGUGGAUUUCCGAGGCUAUGGCUCUUGCGUUUUUUUACUACUCAUCUACCCAUCAACGUAGCACUGCUUGGUUGAUACUAGGUAUCGCAGUGAGAAAUGCACAGGGAUUGGGUCUUCAUCGAAAAUACAUUAAUGAAUCAUUCUCAGAUAGAGGCUAUGUCAGACACAGAAGAAAAUUUUACAAGAGUUUGUAUGUUUUGGAUCGUAUUACUUCGGUAACAAUGGGUCGUCCUUUACUAAUUGAUGAUUACGACUGGGAUGAUUUUGAUAGCCAGGAUAUUUAUGAGUUGGAUAAAGAUGGUAAACCGAUUGAAAACUUCAAUUUGAAGGCGUUAGUUGAAACUACUAGAGUGGCGAAAAUUAUCGGCAAGAUUAUCCGUGGAUUUUACCUUGAUGGUAUUGUCAAUACAUCCAAAGCUGAGAAAUUGGCAAUUGAAUUGAAGCUCUGGGCGCUAAAUUUACCAGAAGAGUUGCAAAUGGAUAAGGCAGUCAAUGGUGGAGUUGGAUAUGAUGCAAAUAGUUCAAAUGUUGAGUUUGAUGAUCGUAAAACUUCGCUUUUGUUGAUUCAUUUGUCACAGUUGUACACUGUCAUCUUACUAUCGCGACCCUUUUUUAUGUUUAUUAUUUUCAAACUGGAAAAGACUAGGGUAUUUUGCAAACCCAAGGGACGUCAAGAGGUUGCAAUUUGUAAUUUCUGUCAGGCAGCUGUCAAAGCUUCAAGUUUGAUAAUUCAGUUGAUGGACUGCUAUAUCAAUUAUACUAGAUUCAGACCCGAGAGAGUCGAGUCAAAUGCCUUAAUAUCAACCGUUCUUAUGGCAUCGUUAAUAAUCGGUAUGACUGCAUUGUUUAUUGAAACCCGCGAUAGUACAGACGAAGAGAUUACUACACCAAAAAUGAUGAUUCAUUUAAAUUCAGCUAAACGAGUAUUUGAAUUUUAUUCCAAAACAAAUGUCAUGGCAACUAGAUAUUAUGUCAUUAUAAAUCAAAUGCAAAAUGCCUUGAUGGAUAAAUUCAAUUUGGAUGUUAAUGGUAAUAAAAGGAAAGUGAGCAAGAAAAAGAAGCAAAAUAAGGAAUCGCAAAAUCACCUUCAACAACAGCCUCAACAACAACAAUCAUUUUCCAAUGGAAAUCAUCACUACCAACCAUUGCCUCAGCCGCCUGUGUACAAUAUGCCCAAUAGUCAAUUCACCACUCACACCGGACAACCAAUACCUCAACAGCAACAGCAACAGCAACAGCAACAGCAACAACAACAGCGACAGCCUACACUUAAUACGAACCACAUAUCACCCAGUCUGUCUCUAGAUUCAACAAGAACACCACCGUCAUCAACAGUAACAACCGAAGAAAACUUCCCGCCUAAUGACAUUUUCAAUAAAGAUUAUGAUAAUUUUAUGGAAAAUUUUGGCAGUUUGUUAUUACCAAUGGCGACUAUGGGCCAAACUUUGAAUCCGAAUACUAAUGCUGAGGGACCACACUACCAUCCAAACCAGUCAUCAAGUAAGAACAAUAAUCAGUAUAAUGGUGCCAAUUCUUUUGCCCUGGCGUAUGGCUCAAGCAAUCUUGAUUCUACGGGGUCUAAUUUAUAUAAUCAGCAAUUUAGUCUCCAGGAACGGCCGGUACAACAACACCAGCAGCAUCAGCCUCCACUAUCGCACCUUUUACAACAGCAAUCACAGCAGCAUUUUAAAGACUCUGGGUCUGUGGGAGGAGAAGGAGGAGCUGCGGGCGGUAGUGGCAUUGGCGGUGGGAUAACUAAUGGCAGCGGUUCAUUCAGUGGCUCAGCAAGUGGCGCUGGUGGUUCCUUAAGAACACCCCACGAUGAACUGUUGGAUGAAUUUAUGUACAAUGUGGGAUUGAAUGACUUUUUAUACGAUGCCAGAACACUAGGAUAA